AUGCCUUCACGUUUUGGCGUUGUACAGACGGAGCAUAACACCUCCGGAAAUCCAUGGAACCUUUUGCCCUCGGCGUAUCGGGCAUCGUUUUCGAAAAACCAAACAAACAUCCACAUCGGCACACCCAAAGACGCAAUUCACUGGUCGUCCUCGGACCCCACACAAAAGUACGUCUUUGUAAAUGAAAAACAGUUUGAGCGUAUAAUGAAAAGGAGAAAGGAGCGCGAGGAUUUAUACGGCCAAUUUGGCUUCCAAUCGGCCUCUUCCAAACCGCGUAAAUUCAAGUACGAAUCGAGACACAGGCACGCAGUGAAUAGACAACGUGGCGACGGCGGAAGAUUUUGUAGCAAAAAGAAGUCGGAAGUCAACACCUCGACAAUCUCAGCAGCGUCUCCCCAACAAAACGAGAUUCUUGCUGCUUCAGACACGUCACAAAUAUCGCCAAUUGCUGUUUCUGCGCCUCAGAUAUCACAAACUAUCCUCGACUUCAGUACAGCGAAUGCUUUCCAAUUCAAUUAA